CAUCAUCGCUGCUCGCGCUGCAUCGUCCCUUCGAAGAUCCCUGCCCUUCAAGUUCAUCAGAGCAGCUCCGCAUCUGCAUUCCCACACACUUGUGAAGAUGGGCAGCGAGGGCGGCGUCACGAAAUUUGGGCUGCUGCUCUGCCAGGUGACAAGGACACACAAGCGUUCCAUAUGUGCGCGUGACUCUCUUGUUCGAUUGGUCAGACGCCUCCGGUGCCCUCCAAGAAGGGCGUUGCCGAGGCCAAGACGGAUGCGCUCGAGGCGGCAAAGAAGCUCGUGGGUGAGGGCAUCGCUGCGCAUCCAGGCGCAAAGAUGGUCGUACUGCCAGGUCAGUCAGAAAAGACGAAGAUCCCCAUAUGGUGCUGUGCCGAUUGCUGCUGUGGUGAUUGCUGCUGUCACUGGCAGAGAUGUUCGCUUGUCCGUACGGCACCAAGGUGAGCAUGAGGGUAGGGGUGUGACAAUGAGCGAAGCAUGUGGCGCUACGUGUGAUGUGUGCAGUUUUUCGAGCCUUUCUGCGAGCCCGUUCCAGAUGCCCAGGCAGCCGAACCAAAUACUGACCAGAGGUGAAUCUUCCAUCGCUUCUGAAUUUCUCUCUCGUGAACGCCUUUCCUUUGCACUGCAGCCCGAGUGUCAAGGUGCUCGUUGACAUAGCCAAGAGGUGCGCACAAAGGCUGGCACGUGACAGCCGUUGGCUGGGAGUGGAUAUGUGCCUUCUCUGUUGGUUUGUCUGUCGAUGCUGCAGCCAUGGUGUGUGGCUGGUUGGCGGCUCGGUGUCUGAGCGUGACAGUGCCGGCAAGAUCUACAACACAUGCCUGGUCUUCAACCCACAAGGGCACAUCGUCGCCAAACACAGGAAGGUGAGAGAGAGAUAGAGAAUGACGCGCAGCGUGCGCAUACAUACCGCCAUAGCUUUCUGUGUGUGCGUGUCGGUCGUCAGGUUCAUUUGUUUGACAUUGACAUUCCCGGCAAGAUGACCUUCAAAGAGUCUGAGACGCUCUCGGCAGGUGACCAGGCCACGCAAGUCGGCAGUGGACCACAGCUACUGUCUGUUGCUGUGGCACUUUGCCCCAUCUAGGUGGCCAGGUCACGACAUUUGAGAGUCCUUUCGGCACUAUCGGUACUCACCGACGUGCGCACACCCUGUUGUCGUCCGCCAAGGCAUUAGUCUGUAUGUGUGUCAGGUGUGGGCAUCUGCUACGACGUCCGCUUCGCCGAGUUGGCCCUUUCGAUGCGCCAGCGUGGCGCACAGGUGCUCAUCUACCCAGGAGCAUUCAACACCACCACUGGCCCAGCACACUGGAGAAUUCUCUGCCAGGUCACCCUAGCGAUCGACAAGUGCAUUCAGUGCCUUGACGUCUGUGUAUCUGUCUGCACAUGUGUGUGUGCAGGGUCGUGCGUUGGACACCCAGUGUUACGUGGCUGUGUGUUCGCCCGCCCGCAGUGAGGAUGCAGGCGACUAUCCUGCCUGGGGACACUCACUAGUGGUCGACCCUUGGGGAGAGGUCAAGGUCAGCCACCCAGACAGACAGACAGACAGACAGACAGACAAGGCGCCAUGCGUGUGUGUGUCUUUAUCUGUGUGUGUGUCAGGUCGAACUUGAUGAGAAGCCGGGCUUUGCCUUUGUGGAUGUCGACUUGGACUAUCUGAAAGAUGUACGCACACACACAGACACAGACACAGCGACGCUGUGCUGCCUGCAUACCGACCGCAUCCUUCCUUGUCUUCAGGUCCGCACCCGCGUCCCCAUAUCGAUGCAGAAGCGACCUGAGCUAUACGAGCUCAAAUGAGGGGUUUGGGUUUUGCGAGUGGUGUCGAGCAUUUGGCUGCCUGCCGUGGCUCGCUAGUCUGUGUGAUGGAUGCGUAUGGCACCUUUGGUUGGAUCCGAUGAUUGCAGUGACAUGCAGGCAAGGCAAGAGUUAGGCACGACGUCAACCUGAGUCAGUCAGUGCCUGGCUCGGCUCGGCAGGCAGAAGUGUGCGAACGCGUCCAUCCAUCCAUGCAUCGAUCAAUCAAUCAUGCGUUGUCUGUCGCAUCCAUCAGCUUACU